CUGGACAAAUUGCUCUUGUAUUUACCUAUGUUGCUGAAUUCCAACCAACUAAGUUUCGAAAACGAAUACUCUCAUGGUUAGACAUGGCAUGGAUUUUAGGACUUUUUUGUGUUCCACUUUUAGCUUGGAUCAUCAUGCCCCUUGAAAUAGAAUACGUUACAGGAAGCUUUUCAUUUCGAUCCUGGAAUCUUUUUAUCCUGAUUUGCUCCUUGCCAGCUUCAUUAAUCGCAACUUGUCUUCUAUUUUUUCCUGAAACGCCAAAGUUUCUUGCAAAUAGCCAACAAUAUUCAAAAUUGUUAAAAGUUCUCACAGAAAUGUAUGAGAGCAAUACUGGUAAAGCAGCAAAAGAUUUUCUUAUAACCCUGCCAAAGGAUGGAAAUCCAUUUACAGAUGAAAUGAUACGCUUAUUCUUAAAUAACAAAAAACUAAAGAUUGAAAAAUCAGUCCACGAAAAGAAUUUGAAUGUAAUUUUGGAUGAUCUGAAAUCACAGGCUAUAAACGUUUUUCAUUCAAACUAUAUGAAAAAAAUGAUAAUAGCGAGUGUGGCUACAUUUUUUAUUAUGUCGCCUUAUAAUACAUUAAUUUUAUGGUUUCCUGAGAUUUUGGAACGAUUUGCUAGAUUUGAAAAUCGUUAUCCUAACGAAACCUCCAGUGUUUGUACUGUUUCUCAACGAAAAGGAUUAUUUAAUACAAGCCUGAGUAAUGUUCCCAUUGGAUGUGAUCGAACGAUCGAUAAUAGUGUCUAUGUUAAUACUCUCUGGCUUUCUGCUGCUUGCGCUCCACCUGCAAUUUUAUUACCGCUAUUAGUUGAUAAAGUAGGAUUCAGAUUUUUCUUAGUUCCUGCCUCAGUUAUUGGCUGUCUUGCCACACUAGGAUUAUUUUUCGUGAAAUCUUCUCUUCAAAACAUGAUUAUAUCGUGUAUAUUCGAAUCAGCAACUUCGAUCGGAAUAAGCAUAAUAUACUGCUGUCUCGUGGUAAUCUUUCCCACAAAUUUCAGGGUUUUUGCAGUGACGGUGGCAGCACUUACUGGAAGAAUAGGCGGCUUUGUUGGUAAUCUUAUUUUUAGUCUUUUUAUCGAUGAUUAUUGCGUCCCUGUGAUUCUGUCAGUGGCAAUUCAACUUCUUUUGGGCGCAGUGCUGUGUUAUAUUUUGUGAUCAAAUCAACAAAAUUUCUAUUAUAAUAUACAUUAAUAACAGUUUCUAAUAUAGGAACAAAGUAAUGAAGUACAAACAUAUAUUGUGUAUUUUAGCUUUAAAAAUAGAAUUAUUGUAAUUUUUAGGCUUCUGAU